GUGUGAACGUCGUACUCCGUAUCACAUAAAGGUACUUGAAUAUCCUCGGAUUCUCUCAGCAACCAUAUCUCCCAGCACCGGUCCAAGCUUGCUCGAGAUUUGAACACAUCAUGGUCUCGUCCUUGGUCGCCGUUGUUGCGACAGCUCUCGCCCUGGGCACAUCCGCCGCUCCCGUACCCGCGUCGGGCACGGCGGAAGGCUUGGACAUCUCGACUACACUCCAGAACAUCCUCUCCAAUACCCAUAACAGUGAUGCAUACACAUAUCCGACAGACCUGACGAGAGGGAUUGUUCCGAAACCAAUCCACUCGCACAACGACUACUGGCGGGACGUUCCAUUCUACACGGCCCUGUCAGUAGGGUGCAUCUCGACCGAGGCCGACGUGUGGCUGUACAACGACACUCUGUACGUCGGCCACGAGCAAUCGGCACUCACGACGAGCCGGACGUUUGACAGUCUGUACGUCCAACCCAUCCUGGACACGCUGCGUCGGGAGAACCCAACAACACAGUUUGUCAGCAAACCGACCAAGAACGGAGUCUUCGACACGUCUUCGGGGCAGACCUUGUACCUGUUUGUCGACCUCAAGACCGACGGACCCAGCACGUGGCCCGUCGUGAUUAAACAGCUCCAACCGUUGCGUGAUGCAGGGUACCUGACGACCUACAACGGCACCGGCGUCACCCCGGGACCCGUGACCGUGAUCGGCACGGGAAACACACCUCUAAAUCUCGUCCAGGGCGUCGACGACCGAGAUUACUUUUUCGACGCCAACCUCGCCCUCCUAAGCACCACUCAGUCAAACAUCACGCGAGAAGUGAGCCCCAUCGCCUCCACUCAGUUCAGCAAGUACUUUGGCACCAUCAACGGGACCACGUUCAACGACACCCAGAUCGCCACGCUCAGUCAACACCUUGCCGUCGCCAACGAAAGGGGCAUCCUGGGUCGGUACUGGGAUACCCCCGCGUGGCCAGUCAAGACGAGAAACGCCGUGUGGUCGACCCUCAUCGAGGCCGGCGUUGGACUUCUGAAUGCCGACGAGUUGGACGAGGCGGCGGGAUUCGGUGGUGUCAAUGGAUAUUGGUGAUUUUCGUAUAGAAGUCAUGGAUAUACAAGACGAGCGAUUUGCAUUGCAUUGCUUUCACCAGAGAAGUAAUAAUAAUCUUGUUUCGACAAUCCGCC